CAGAGACGAUUUUUACAAAACACAAGAGUUGUUUCCCCUGGCCCACUGUCUUCCUUUUCCGGUGUUUCGCCACAGUUGGCAAACAUGAAGACUAUCAACAGUUUUCAGUUCGUCAAAUCCAAAUCGGAUGUGACAAUACAGGUUCGUGCCCGCAAUGUUACCGUCAAAGGACCUCGAGGCACACUGGUUCGUAACUUCCGUCAUCUGCCAGUGGAUAUAAAAAUGGUCACACCAAAGACACUGAAAGUUGAGAAAUGGUUUGGAAACAGGCAGGAGCUUGCAGCCGUCAACACAGUGUGCUCCCAUGUGGAGAACAUGCAGAAAGGCGUGACCAAAGGCUUUUUGUACAAGAUGCGUGCAGUGUAUGCCCACUUUCCCAUCAAUGUUGUUAUUACUGAGGGAGGCAGUGUUGUUGAAGUUCGCAAUUUUCUCGGAGAAAAGUACACACGUCGUGUGGAGAUGUUGAAAGGUGUCGUUUGCAAAGCUUCUGGAAACAAAGAUGAGUUUCUUAUUGAAGGAAAUGACAUCGAGCUCGUCUCACGUUCAGCUGCACUUAUCCAGCAGAGCACAACCGUGAAAAACAAGGACAUCCGAAAGUUUUUGGAUGGCAUCUACGUCUCGGAGAAAACAACCAUUGAGCAGGAAAACUAAAAGAGACAUUAAUAAAGUGCAGUGUUGAAGAUUGCA